AUCGGCAUUAGCUCUGAGAGAAAUAAUUGCCUCUUUCUGCCGAUCCUUUUACGGUGACGUGGGGUCAUAAUUUCAGCCUUGAUCAAGUUACAUUUAUCUAUGACGUUAUAGCUAUUAGCCUAAGGAUCAUGGAGCGUCAUAGAGGCUACUAUGGCCCCCACGUGGAGCGUCAUACUGCCCCUACGGCCAAUCAGGUGGAGAUGCGCAGUUAACUCACCCACAUUGAGAUUGGCAUAUCAGGGCGGGUUUCCAUGGUAAUCUCGGGUACGAAUCGUGUCUGCGAUUGGACCAAUGAGAAUGCGAGAAUGCUGCAGGAUCUAAAUCUGGCAAGCUGAAAAGGGGCGGAGCCAAUGAGUCACCAUACAGGGUGCCGUCUAUAAAACCUUUCGCUGAGGCGCGGAGUACAGUCAUUCCACGGCCUAAACAAGUUGCUUGUCUCUCUGUGGAAAGUCUACUCACUGAACUUCAGUUUCAUCAAGAAGAUCGCCCCAUUUCUUCUGUCUAGCAAGAACGUCUGGAAAGGACAUGAACAGUUUAAGCGUGGUCGUACUGACCACCGUACUCGUGGCAAUGGGUGCAGCUGUCGAACCCCCCAACAAUAACGGCGACUCCGAGCGAAUCAUCGGUACAGUCAGUAACCCAAUAAUCCCAAAGGUAGAGCCUCUGCAAGACAACAUCGAAAAUGCCCUCCUCUGGGCUUGGAGAGCACCUCAAGAAGACACGGUCAUCUACCCUGAAGAACCUGUCGCCUUUCCCGAGGGAACAAAGUCCCUGUGUCAACUAAAAGAAUUGAUAGAAAGCGACGAGGAAGAAGGAACCACAAAAAGGGGCGCUAUGCCAAUGCAAGCCUUAGCAAGUGGACGAUUCGGUCGCUCCAGCUUUACCAAGAAAAUCCCUCUCGCAGCCCUAUCAACUGGACGCUUUGGCCGGUCCGUCAACGGUUUGGAGAAGAUGCCCAUCGGGGCGUUGACGGCAGGCCGAUUCGGAAGAUCUGAAGAACACAGCAAGGGUCUCCCGUUGAACGCACUGAUGGCCGGUCGGUUCGGACAGACAACUGGUCUUGAACGAGACAGUCGGUCCGUCGGCGGACUGAAGAAGAAAGUCCCCCUGGAGGCCCUGGUGGCCGGGCGGUUCGGCAGAUCCGGCAGCUUGGCAAAGAAAGUCCCCCUGGAGGCCCUGGCGGCCGGACGGUUCGGCAGAUCCAGUACCUUGACAAAGAAAGUCCCCCUAGAGGCCCUGGCGUCUGGGCGGUUCGGCAGAUCCAGCAGCUUGACAAAGAAGGUUCCCCUAGCAGCCUUAGUGGUUGGCAGAUUCGGAAGAGACAAGAGCAUGGCACCGCGGGCGUUGCGGCGUCUCGGAACCGUCUCCCUUAGGAUGCCCCUAGCAGCUCUGGCCAGCGGUCGGUUCGGAAGAUCGGUGCCGACAGAAGAAAACUCCGAUGAGUCAAAACAAGAGCUCGAGGCCAGAGAAAAUGCUCGAGAAGAAGAAACGGAGAUGGUGUCAGAAAACGACGGAAGCCAUGGACAGUUGCAAAAAGGACCCAACGAGGACCUCCUGACACUUUCGGCCAUCCCGAGGAUGAACUCCCCAGUGUCUCGACGCCGGUUCGACUUCAGCAAACUCCCCCUAGCGGCACUGAAAACAGGGCGCUUCAAACGUCAGAGGGAUAGCUUGGAUGGACAACGCAACGGCAUAGCUCCCACAAAUAUGCCUGACCUAACGGAAGGCUACGGAAGCGACUCAACGGUGAGGUACAGCCCGUCUAUGGCACUGUCUGCAGCCAAUCACGUCCAGGGCACCGACCGACAAGACGACUACAUGUAGGAGUCCAAGAGAAGCAAAAGAGACUGGAGUGAGGAACAGACCUCGUGGGUGCCAUUAUCUCCAUGAUGCAAGGAAGUCUUCAAAACUAACAUCUCUAACAGGAGAAUCGUAGAAGUCGGACUUAAAACAACAGCAUUACAUUAGUGUAUAUUUUAUAGCUUCGUACUUUUAUUGGCCAAAAAUAUAAAGAGAAGAUACCAAGUUUGUGAUUAUGUUAAUCAUUAUCAAGCUAUCUACAUACCAACGAUCAUGACGAUCAGCGAAGCCCUUCUUGAGUUAUUCUUUGUCAAACUUUAAAACAAAAUUGGCCCCUUCAGUCCCAAACAAACGCUAGGGGCCAAAAACCUA